AUGACAAGGAAUACUCUCUGUAGUAGGAAGGCCUCUUUUCACAGUAGGAGUUCAUUCUAUGGUUAUUUAGUAUGCAUAGAGAGGGCUGAGUUUUUUACAGAAGCUGCAAGAGAUAAUCUGAAUAGAAGGAAACUAACUUAUAAUCGCGCAAAAAUGGCUGCAAAAUUAACGAAUAGCUCUAGAGUAUAUAAGAUAUCACCUAAAACUAAGACAUUAACUAAUAUAAGUGAUUCAAAUGAACAUAUAACAAUUCUGUGCUACAAUGAAUGGGCUGUUGCUUGUUCAUUCAUCAAUAAAGAUGACAUUAUAGAGUUGAUUGGGGGCUCAAUAUCAUUUUCUGACGAAUCAAUUAUAUGUGUUUAUGAUACAAAUAAGAGUGACUCUGCAAUGACUGUGUGGAGGUCAGGGUUUGAACAUGUACCUGCUAUGCUUACUCAUGCUGCAGUGCUAUGUAGUAAAGGCAAUGUAUACUUACCAGCAUGGGCUAGAAUAUAUACUACUUGUAAAUUGGAUUGUUUGGAAGAAUGCAAACAUCCCUCACUACCUUUAUUAACUAGUAGAACAACAACAGCAGCUUUACAUGAUGAGGUUGUAGAUGACAUAAUAGAUGAAUAUAAUCAAAUAAGUAGUGCGGAUUGCAAGGACGAUGACAAUGUAUCUCUUUCAGGGAUAAUAAAUCAGCCUAAAAAGAAAAAGAAAACUUGUGAGAAACAAUCUCAAUACUCAUCUAUUGCUUAUGAAUAUCUAGCUCAGUUAUCAGAUCUCCAUCCUGGAGUGGUAACCAAUUUGUACGGUGUUGUUUUAGAGGUUGGAAAUAAUCCUAUGAAACGUUAUGGAGGAAAUAGUAAUCACAUAUUUAUGAAUAUAACACUGGUUGACCCAUCAGUAUUGAAACUGAUACCUGUGGAUGGUUAUACUAAUCGUACCAUUGAGACACUUCUUGGUGGACCGUAUUCAUAUAGUGAUCGUCCUUCUUUGAUAUCUUCUUUACCCACAGUGUCUUUGGAGCUCUCUACUGAAGGUGAUGCAACAUCUUUACCUGUUAUUAGUCUUGGAGAUAUUGUUCGUGUUCAUCGUGUUGAACCUUUAUUUUCAAAGCAGCGUUUUAUAGAUUUACCUCACAACAAGCAUACUUCCAUAAGAAUUUGGUCCCUUUAUGACUGCAAUUUAGAUGAACUAUACUCCAAGUAUAAAACAGAUGAAGAUAUCCUAAAUAGUCCUUACUGUUAUGUAAAUGUAGAAAAUGCAUACAAAGUAGGGAAUUCACAACAAAAUACUACAUUUACUGAAAAUGAUUCACUUAGACUUCUGAAAUUACAAAGAUGGGCGUAUGAAAUGUUUCAUAGUUUUCCAUAUUUUUGCUCCUCUCAGUAUACAAAGUCAUUAUCACAUCUCAAAAAUUCUAAUAAGGAGACAUUUACUAAAACUUACGGUGAUAUUAUUGUUUGCAUAUAUGAUAUAUUACUGAUACCUGAACUUAUUCAUCCAUCACAACUUUGUUUUAACAGCUUAAAUAAACCUUCAUUUUCAAGUUACAAAAGUAAAAUUGAGCAUAAUAUGCUUUGUAUUGUCGUUUCUGAAUUGAAAAGUGAAAGAAAUAUUACUAAAUUGAAAGAUAAGACAAACUUUGAUGAUUUAUAUUUUGUAAUAGGUUUAGAUAGAUACAAUACUGGAUUGAAGGAUCACUUACAGCGCAACAAGAAACCACUUAAGUGUGGCGAUUGGGUACGUAUUAGGAAUGUUUCUGUGAAUCCAUCGAUGAAUUUUACGUAUAUAGAUGACAAAGUAAUUGGGCCAUUCACUGUAAUAGAUACACACAAAUCAAGAAUUACGAGGCUACCAUGUUGGUCUGGAGAUGUUAAACUAAUGUCCUUAAGGACUUUACCUUUGAAUUUAAAAUCAGAGAGAGCUCAUACUUCUUUCGAACAUGAACUUUUGAAUAGUGAAGUUAUUUCGAAGUCCACUUAUGAACAGAUGAACAGCUUUAAAAACUUCACUAAAGAUGUGGAAGUAUUGAACUAUAAUAUGGAUCAACCAGCUUCUAACUGUAGUGAAGUUGUAGACAAAGUUCACUUUGCAAAUUUAAAUAUAACUGAAGGAAUUGUGAAGGACAGUGCAGAUUUACAAUUAAAAUAUUCUAGUGGGACAUGCAAAGAAAGUUUGUGUAGUGUGGAUAGUGUAUUUAAUCAAACUGAAACUGAAAUUGUUAGAAUGACUGGUGAUUGUGAGAAAAAAGUGGCAAACUUUAGUAAAACAAAUUUACUUCCAGCUAUAUCAGCUACACAUGCUGGAGAACAACAUUUAGCAAACUAUACAAACCAUAUACUGAACCCAUUGUACACAGAUAGUCGGAAUAGUCACCAAUAUUUAUUUACUGAUAUUGAUUGUCAGCCAUUGUAUUAUAUUCGCUCAAGAAAUAGAGAUAUACAGGCUCUUUCUGUAAUGCAUGUAAGAUUGAACUCAGUGCCAAAUAAUAUAUAUUACAUGGAAAAUGUAAAUGUAAGUUUUUCUGGGAAUUCCAAAGACGUAGAUCCAUUUAAACCAGAGACAUUUGUUACUCUGAAGUGCAAAAUAUGCAACUAUGAAUGCUCACUAAUGAAUGCAGCUUCUGAAGCUCAUACAAAUAACUUUAAAAGUUUAAAGUGUGGUCACUCUGAGUCAACUUUUUCGUACAGUUUCAAUGUUAAGAUCAGCGAUUCUAGUGGUUACUUAGAGGCAGAAUAUAAAGAUGAGGUAGGCAUGCUUUUUGAGGGGGUAACUCCUAGAAACUUUCUGUUGAGGAGUGAGGUGAAUUUUCGUAACCAUAUAAUACAGAUUGUAAAAGGUAUAUCUGCAGCAAAUAUGAAGUUACCUAAAGGGCACUUCCAUAAUAUAUGUGUGUCAUGCUGCAAUAAUAUUAAGGAGGGAAAUAAUGAUGCACCCAAAUCGCCAAAAUUAACAUUUAUUAUUGUUGAGAGUUAUGCUGUAUCAGAAGAUCAAAUUUCAGAUGAUUGA